GAAUAGGUUGAACGGACUAAAGUCCUAUCUGUGUGGAAGGAAAGCGGGAUUAUAAAUAGUUAAAUCUUCUGUCAUUAAAGCUCUCCUCCAAAUUCAGCUUUUGACAGCACUAGCAACAUUAGCUGCUAACUAGCAGCUAAUCAGUCGCCGACAUAAACAGGGAGCAGGUUGACAGCUAGUUUAGCAGCAGCUCUUAAAGGCCAAGAGGACCCCGCCAGUAUGGACUCCUGGGUUAGGUUUAACGCCCAGAGCCAAGCCAAGGAGAGAAUUAUAAGGGCUGCUCAGUAUGCCUGCACUCUGCUGGGCUACACUCUGCAGAAGGGCGGGGCAUCAGCUGAACUUCGCAGAACCAUCAGUCAGCUGGAAGCACACAUGAGCCUAACAAGAAAGUUGCUCCGUCUGGGAAACUCUGUAGAGGCGCUGGAGUCUGCCAAGAGGGCCAUACACCUUUCUGACAGCGUGCUAAGGCUCUGCAUUACCAUCAGCCACCUCAACAGAGCCAUGUACUUUGCCUGUGACAAUAUUCUGUGGGCUGGAAAAACAGGCCUCAUCUCCAAACUGGACCAGCAGAAAUGGAGUCAGAGAUCUUUCAGGUACUACCUCUUUGCUCUGAUCCUCAACCUGACUCGAGAUGUGUACGAGCUUCGCCUUCUCAUUGAGUGUGAAGGGCGUCACAGAGCCGCCAAAUCCCCGUCAUCACCCAACCCCAGCACCACCCUGCCAGCUGACCACCUGUCGUCCCCUUCCACACCUGCUGCUCUGACUACUGUUGCCCUGCCUGUCAUGUUGGCGAGGUUUCGCAGACAGCUCCACCUGCUGGUGACUGUCCUGUACAGCAACCCGCCGCUGCUGCUGGACCUGCUGAAGAACAGUUGUGAUAUCUUCAUCCCACUGGACCGGCUGGGGAUUUACCCCACAGGGCAAGGCUUUGUCGGUGCCUGUGGCCUGGCAUCCUCUGUCCUCUCCAUCCUCACCAUGGUCCAUCCCUGGCUUAAACUCAAGCCAUGACCCCAGGUACACAGUGGAGGGGGCCAUCAGUGGAGCUCCCAGGAGGACUGAGAUGAGAAUCUAACAGGGCUAACACACGGAUCAUUUGGUGAUCACAUUUUGGAGUAGUGGCAGGGCUUUUAAAUCCUCCAAAUAUCCUCAAACAUGUUGCAUCCAUGAGGAGCUUCUUUCACUCUGCAUCACGUACUGAUUAACAGCUCUCGGCUGAUUACUGACCUGCAUGUUUGAACUGUUACAGCUUCAUGCUUCAGAUGGACGCAUAGCAGCGCUGCACAGAGCCCACACUCUCCAAAGCUAGUCCUUACCCAUGAUGUCAUUCGACAUCAAAGUCCUUUAUCAUCUGCUCCCAAUACUUAGUACUAAGAUCUCAUACAAUUCAUAACAGGAAGAAUGUUGAAAAUACUAAACUCACCUGAUGGUUGGCAGUGGCCCACAAGGUGGGAACUAAUGACAUCACAGCAGUGCAAAAUCAAACUUUGAUAAUAAAUACACUGAUUUACCCUGAUAGAUGGCUCCCUUUCAGUGAAGUCUGUACAUUGAGUGUACAGUUGGUCCAUUUAUCCCCCAUAGCGAUGACUCGUUUGACUGGGUCUCUAGGCAGGCCCGCUCCACUUUCCUGUGGCCCACCAUGAACUGAGCUCAGUGUUGGCUUCCAUUAAUUUAGGUUAACAGAUCGACGCAUACAGAAGCUGAACCAAAAUGCUUCAGGGAUGAAGGCUAUCAUUCUGAAACACUCCUCUCUCCUUCCUUUACUUCUCGCCCCUCAGUGUGUCCCCUUUGACAGGCUCAUGUUGGAUCAGACCCAUCAUCUUGAGCUUGGCAACCAAUUUAAACAACAACCAUGAUGUUUCGCUUUCAUGGAAGCCGCCUUUGUCAGUCAGAGUAAACCAUGUUUGUGUUUAUUAGCAAGUGGCUAACUCAAGGUGUGUUUCGAUCCACCUAUUUUUAUGAGUUUUAAGUUUGCGCAUAAAAACUUGAAAAAAAACUCAAAGCAUUUUACUCACAGGGCUGCUCAGUAUGCCUGCACUCUGCUGGGCUACACUCUGCAGAAGGGCGGGGCGUCAGCUGAACUUCGCAGAACCAUCAAUCAGCUGGAAGCACACAUGAGCCUAACAAGAAAGUGUGAGUGAAGCACCCAGUCGAGGUGUUUUCCAAGCACCAAAGCUGAAGGGUUGUGGCUGAUGUGUGUUUGUGUCCCACACAAACAAACUUGAAAAAAACUCAAAGCAUUUUAAGAAAUUUUUACAUUUAGGCCCCUUUUUAAAUCACGUUAUCUGCUGCCUGCUUUUCUGCUUAUCUCGCUGAACCUACUCCAAAUGUUCGCAUAAGAUCACAUAUGUUCCCAUUUUCUUUUGCUGAUUUUGAUAGAAACCCAACCACUGUUGUUUACACCUGGUGAGUUUGUACUUUAAGCUUUUGGAAGCCACUAAGUGACUGAACUGUCCUGUGAGACAGAGAUGCAGGAAUAUAAUGAACUCCACACUGUGUCUUGUGAGGAGGAAAGCAUUGCUGCACUGAUCUUUGAGGGCUGUAAGGUUCAGGUCUGUUGACGCCAUCCAGCUGUGAUGUAGUGUUGUACUCAUGAAGGUGCAUAUCUGAAGUCUGAUUGUUGCAGACAGGCUGAUCCUACACCUCUCCCACUCUUUUCUACUGUCAUCACAGCUUACUCCCAGUCAUCGCAGAUAACGGUCUUUGGCUAUUUAAUGGUCAGAGGCUUCCAAGUGCAGCCACUAGAUGGAAGUACAAGCAGGAUCAUUAGCCUGAGUAACUAUUUAAAGAUACAGAGUGAGCUAAAAGGGGUUUAGGGAUACAACAUGAUAGUCUGGAUGUGAAUCUUUUUGACUUUUAACUGUCAAUAAAAGCUUUUAUUGAAUGUG